ACGGCACGGACUGCUUUACCACUUUAAGCUUCGGAAAGCCGUCCUGAUUCGGCCACGUCAGCCGCGACUCUGAUUGGCGGAGUGCUGCCGGAAGUGGCGGCGGUCAGCUUUUCCGCCGGAAGUGAAGCGAUGGACGAGCGUGAGGGACCGGCGGUGGCGGCAGUGACACAGGUGCUCCACAUCCUUUCGGAAUAUGGCUGGUACAUCUUUUUCAGCUGCAUUGCCGGCUACUUUGUCCUUCAGAGAAUCGGUUCGAUGCUGCAGUUGAAGAGCCGCCAGCAGACACAGGCUUCGGAGGCUGAACUCGAACCAUCAUUAAUCGUGAGGCGACAGGAAGCAAUGGAGGCUGCUCGCCAUAGAAUGCAGCAAGAACUGGAUGCCCAAGCAGCAAGAUACAAAGAGAAACAGAAAGAAAUUGAAGAAGAGAAAAGGAGGGAGAAAAUCAAAGCAUGGGAAAAUAUGCAAGAAGGAAAGAGCUCCCGGAAGAAAGCAAACUUGAAUCCUGAGCCAGAAUCCAACACACCGAGACCAACAAAACCUAAAUCUGACAAGAAGCCCUUGAGAGGAGGUUUUAAUCCUCUGACGGGGGAUGGCGGAGGUUCGUGUUCGUGGAGACCAGGUCACAGAGGGCCAUCUGCUGGGGCGUGAGGUUAAUGAUUGGUCAGUGCCCUUUGUUCAGUAGGCACCGGCCACACGUGGAGAAUCACUAUCCUGUCACCCAAGCUUGUCAAUUUCAUUGAUUUUAUUCUGCUAGGACUAGUUUCAAUUUGCUGUUAGACAGACCUAACUUUAACAUUCACAUUUUAAUGUAAAAGGCGGUGUUCACUCAACUGAAACUUUAUGAAUUGACAGCUAUGAAUGAUGUUAUCCUUGUAAAUGGCAUAGUGCCAAUGAGGAUCUCUGAAAAUGGGCAUGGGUAGUGGCAUUAAAACAUCUUGUUAAAUGAACAUCUUUGGUUUUGAAGUACCAACAUAAUUAAAUUUAUUUUGCUUUUAGCUGAUGAUUAAAAGCAUUAAAUAUAUUUGAGAUUCCAAAAAAUUAAUUAGUUGUAUGUUAAAUGUUUUCUACAGCUGGCUAUGUGGCUUUAAUGAACAAACAAAUGGAAAAAAAACAUUUGAUUUGGUGUGCCUAUGUAUCUGCAUAUUUCUGUUACUAUUUGUCUGUCUUUCUAUCUUUAUGCUUAUGUAGAAAUGAGGGGGUUGUGUAGACACACGUAUUAUUGUAGAUAGAGUUUUCUUUGUGGAUAAGAGAGCUGUUUGUAGAUAUAAUUCUGUGGAAACUUGGAAGUGUUUCUACAGCAGUCUGUGCAUUUCCGUAGAUCAGUGUGUGUGUUUCUAUAGCUCCUUGUGCAUAUUUCUAUAGAAUUGUGUUUCUGUACAAGGAUUGGUGCAUGUCUGCUUCUGUUGAAAUGUUUCUGUUUCUGUAAACGUGUGCAUGUUUCUAGACACCAGUGCAAUUGUAUUUAUUUGGACACGAGGAUAUAGUACUUUAGAGUUUGGGUGUGCUUCUGUAGAGUUGUGAGAAUGUACUUCUGUAGGUUUGAGUGCAUCUGUAGACUUGUUUGUAGAUUACUGUAGGAUCAGUGUGAAUGGGUGGUUGAUGUUUGGGGCAGACUUGGGCAAAAGAGUCUGUUUCCAUGCUGUAUCUCUAUGACUGCGUAUAAUUCUGCAAAUUUGAGUAUUGAGUUCCGUCAAUUCAUGUGGCUGUGCUUUCUAUAGAUCUGUGUGGCCCAAGGGUGAACCUCUGCACAUCUUUGUGCUGGUUUCUAUGAAUAUGUGUGUGUAUUUCUGAUGAUCAUUGUGCAUACAUAAUUCUGUAAAUCCCUGUGUUUGGGAAGGAUUUGGUAGGGACAUUUGUGUUUCUGUCGAUAGAUGCCUUUGUUUCUAGGGUCAGAUGUGAGUACUUCUUAAGAAUUGUGUGGAUGUUUCUGUAAACGUGAGUGUUUCUGUACUUUUGUGUGCAUCAGCGAUUCUGAGUGUGUACUUCAAUAGUUCUGUGUGUUUCAGUAAUUUGUGUGUAGAGUUUAGUAUGUGGAUUUGUAAGGAUCUUUGUAUGCCAGUUUUUGUAGACUUGUGUGUGUUUUUGUAGAUGGGUCUGUUUGACUUCUGUAAAUUUGUCAGUCUGUUUCCAUAAAAUGCAGUAUCUGUAGAUUAUACAUAUCUCUGGAUUGGUGAAUGGAUAAGCUUCUGUAGAUUUGUGGCAAUAUAUCUGCAGAUCUACCUGAUCAUAUCUGUAAAUUUGUGACAGAGUGUUUCUUUAAAUCUGAGUAACUUUAUUGCAUGCCUGCGUAGAAAUUUUUGCAUAGCUCUGUAGAAUUGUAUGUACUUAUUUUUUUUCUGAAAACUGUGUGUGUGCACCUCCCCACCCAUGGGUGUGUUUUUGCAUACUCAUGAAAUACAUGAAUGUAUUUGUGUUAAUUCUUGUGUGUGCAUGAUUCUGCAGAUCCAAGUAUGUGUGUGAACUUGGUAGUACCAAUGUGUGUUUAUGUAUGUAAAUCAUGAGUGUUUUUCUGUAAAGAUGAGUGUUUCUGUGGAUUUGUGUGCUUGUAAGUUUCUGUGAAUCCAUGUGUGUGCUUCUGUACAUCUGUGCACAUUUCUGCAAAAAAAAGUAUAUAAUGCUGGAAAUACUCAGCAGGCCAGGCAGCAUGGGUGGGGAGAGAAACUGAAUUAGUGUGUUUCUGUAGUAUUGUGUAUGUUUCCAAAUAUACGUGCAUGUGUUUCCAUAAAUGUGUGAGAUCCAUGUGUUAGUGUUUCUGUAGUUUUGAGUGCAUGUUUGAUUCUGCAGAUCCAAGUGUUUCUUUAGCUCCAAUGUAUGUUUAUUUCUGUAGAUACUUGUCAUACCUGUACAGCAGAUUGUCAGCACCCACUUCCACCCUCCAGCUUUGGAUAAUGGAGAUUGAUGGUUUUCAGAAUUACACAAUGUUUUGGGAGGAUAAACAGUGUUUCUUCAUGCAUUGGUUAUGAAGGAUAGAGGCUGAAGAUCAUCACUGGAAGAACGUAGUGGUAGAUUGGAGUUGUCUUCAAACUGAGAUACAAAGACAUGGAAUGCUUUAUGGUAGAGGCUAUUGAGGGAGUGGUUGUUGCAGAAAUCAUGUUAAGUUAGAUAAAUAUUUGAAGAGUUAGACAUCUGUCUGUGGGAUUAGUUUGGGUUUGCUUCAGCAAAGAACCAGCAGACUCAAAUGGCUAAAUGGUUUGUAAACAUAUGACUGAUCACAGGACAAUUAUGAAUAAAUAAUUGAAUAUGGUUUAAA